AUGUCAUUAACUAUUCGAUUAUAUAAAAGUCGAAAAUUUAUCAUAUCUUUUCUAAUUAUAAUUAUUUUACUUGAUAGUUUUGUGAUAUUUCAAUCUCUUAAUAAUUAUUUUGAUAGCAUAAAACAGUCAAAUGUACAUCUUCCACGGCAAGCAUCACAAUUGGAUUCUUCAUUUAUUCAACGAGCUAUUAUAGUAUAUUAUCCAUCUCAUCAAGAAUCGCAUUAUUUCCCAGAAAUUCGAUGGUUAUAUCAUUCAUGGAUUGAAAUGAUGAAAUAUGAAUCGAAAAAUUGGAGAACAGAUUUAAUUAUAUAUACAGGAGAAUAUCCUUUAUCAUUUCAACAACUUGGUUGUAUUCUUAAUCAAAUACGUAUAAAUAAUACUGAACAACCUCAAUGCCGAGUAUUUCUUUAUCUUCGUUUAUCAAAACGUGAAAUAAGUCCGUUAACUCAACAACAAACAAUAUUAACUAAUCAAGGCAAAAAAGAAUUAUUUAACAUUAAUACUCAACGUUCAAUACAAUUGUAUAAACAAAUAAAACAAUAUGAAUACAUUGAUUCUGUGAAUAUUAUAGCUGAANUGCACCAAACAUGCACGGCUGUUUCUCGGAAGCAGCUCGUCUGCGCCGACGCAUCGAGACCCGUGCGACAUAUUCAUACCCACAUUCUCUUUACUUCCUUCGUUGCAUAG